UUAUUCGAGUAAUCGAUUGUACACGAUAAUCGAAGUCUCGAACUCGAAGUUCGAGUUACGAAGUCGAUUAUGGUUUGUACUGGAUGCAUUUGCGAACCUCUCUGGGAGCUCCUGCUCGGUGGUGUGUCCGUAGGAGGAAGUUCUUCAGGGGUUUGCCAGAUUUGACGAUAUUUAAACGAAAUAAAUUACGAUUAACGAGUUAUUCGACCGGCGCUUCAAUGUUCGCUCGUAACGCUUAAACAGUAGUUACGAACGAAUGUUUUUUCUCGACACUUAUUACGGAAAAUUGGUCGCGAAAGAAUUCGACAGGCACUGGUCUUCAAACGAACGAAUCUUCAACUUUCAUCGACUGAUUUGACUGAUUUUUGGGAUCCAGUCACCGUAAACUUCCAUCAUUCCGUCAAAAACCGAGUGCCGACCCGCAGGGUGGCGAUCAUUUGAUAAGGGUUCUAUCUGCUAUAGGCUGGUAGGCCAGUCUAUUAGUGGGUGUGUGAAUAACUGCGGCAACUGGAAGUUGACCCUGAACGCAGAGCCCCCGUGGCUUUGCUAGCACCCCCAUAGUGAUCUUGUCUUAACCCGCCUCCUCACGACUUACCCAAUUCUCGUUGACAGCUGCCUCUUUGCUGCCUAGCACCUACAGAGUAUCUUUUAAAAACUAAUAAAACAAUCAACAUGAAGGUAACAAAUUUAGACGAACGUAUCCAUGUCUUGGACAAUGAGUCAAACGUUAUGACUGUCAUCAAAGAUAUUGCAUUGAGUGGAUUACAAGAAGAAGCAUUUUAUGUACUCGAUAUCGGUGACAUUGUUCGUAAACAUCAAAUUUGGAAAGAAAAAAUGCCACGCGUUAGUCCAUACUAUGCCGUAAAAUGUAACGAUAACUUAGUGGUAAUCGAGGUAUUAGCUGCUCUUGGUAUCGGUUUCGAUUGCGCAUCAAAAUCAGAAAUCAAUAAAGUCUUAAGUGUUGGAGUAGACUCAUCAAGAAUUAUUUUCGCCAAUCCAGCUAAGCCAGCAUCGCAUAUUCGUCAUGCUGCUACUGUUGGUGUAGAUGUAAUGACAGUUGACAAUGAAAGCGAAUUGCAUAAGAUUAAGAAACUCCAUCCUGAUGCUAAGAUUGUGAUUAGAAUCCGUUGCGAUGCCGAAGUAGCUCAAUGCCAAUUGGGCAUGAAAUUUGGUUGUGAUCCAAUAUACGAAGCACCUAAUCUUCUGCGUCUUUCACGUGUAUUAGGACUCAAUGUUAUUGGUAUCAGUUUCCAUGUUGGAUCCGGUUGUCAGGAUCCACCCGUAUUUCACCGAGCUAUACGUCAUUCUAAAUCAUUAUUUGACUUAGCCACGGAUCUUGGUUUCAAACCAUAUUUGUUAGAUAUUGGCGGUGGCUAUCCUGGAAACAAAGGAAGCAGCAUUGAUAAAAUUGCUGACGUUGUUAACAAAGCGCUUGUUGAGUAUUUCGACAAUGAUGCCGUUCAUGUAAUCGCCGAACCCGGUCGCUUUUAUGUUGCAUCUGCAUUUACACUCGCAACCAGUAUUCAUAGUAAACGUUCCGUACGUGGCGAUGAAAAUUCACCAAAUGUAAUCACUCAUAACAUGUAUUAUAUCAAUGAUGGCGUUUAUGGCUCCUUCAAUUGUCUACUCUAUGAUCAUCAACAUGUAACUCCUAUACCUCUAAAGAAAGGUUGUGGAAAAAUGAUUCCCUCAAGUAUUUGGGGACCAACAUGUGACGGUUUGGAUCAAGUCGUGGAAAAUGUUUUAUUGCAUGAAAUGGAUCUUGGUGAUUGGAUAAUAUUUGAAAAUAUGGGCGCGUACACGUUACCAGUCGCUUCUCCAUUUAACGGAUUUCCUGUACCCAAAGUACAUAUCGUUGCUGAUGAAAACAUUUGGUUUUUGUUAAAAAGUGCUUUGCCCUUGACCGAAGAUCACUUUGUCAUUGGUAAUACACCAGCUAAUUUACGACUUGGUCUAGAUAUUGGAGGAACUGAUACAAACGCAUGGCACAAUCCAACCAUUGAAUUGACAUCGGCCGAAAUUUUGGCUGGUUCUGCUAAUUCUCGAUCAUCAUUCAUUUAUGAUUACGUUGAGGUUGAUCCAUUAAAUUAAUUUGGCUACAUUACGGCGAUGGUGAACGUAAAAAAAAGAAAUAAUAUUACGGGCAAAAAACCACAUUUUUCUUUUGGAACAUACAAAGUCAUGAUAAAAAUUCUAACUAAAUUGUUUUACGAUUGGCAACUUUUAAUCGUAUAUUUUAUAACAUUAAACUCAUUUAAUUUAAAAACGAAAAACAUAAUACUAAGGGUAUUUUUGAUUUUUCGGUUUUAUUUUAAGCUUUAAGCUUUAUUAGUAUUUGCUACUAUAAAGUCAAAACGAAAGAAAAAAGAAAUGCUCAUACUUUUUAUUUUAAUUAAUUAUUAAAGACGUGCAAAUUACAUUAUUUUUUGGAAUGAUGCAGGUACAUGUGCUUGUUUCUGAAUGGUCAAGGGGUAAUAUUUAUAAAUUAUGAUAUAUAAUCAGAUUUUCAGAUUACUGUUAAAAAAGUUAACCGCAGAGCUAAAGUAGACAUUCUUCUGCAUGAAAUAUUUACGUAGAAAUAUUUAUAUAUACCUUUUUAGAACCGUAGUUUCUCAGAUAUUACAUACGAACUUUCAUAAUAUUUAGAAAAAUGUUUAUCGAAUCUUGGGAGAAUAUCUACAGUUUGCACGUUUAAUAUAGAAAAAAAUUGAAGUCAUUUUUAUAUAAAUCAUAUAAGUAUGAGUUACUAAAACAGUUUUGUAUGAAAGAAAUCAUUGCGGAUUUUAUGAUUGUUGUAAACGACUUGAUGUCCAUGUUGUUGGUAAAAAAAUGUCACAUUUGGUUUUCUAAUACUUCUUUUUUUAAGUACACAAAUACUGCUUACAUGAUUUAUAUGAAAGAUAUAAAAAAAGUAGUACUUUUGUGUAAAGGCUUGAAUGUUGAAUUAUUUAUACUGUAAAUCAUUGAAAUAUUCAUUGUAAUUUAACCUUAUGAUUAACGAAAAAAAAUGAAAAAAUAAGGCGAGGAAAAUAUAAUCAGUAGCAGCGAAGGUGACGUAUAUGUCCAGCAUAUGUGUCGCGGUGAAAACACGAACAUUUCUACUUUCUUAAUGUAUUUUUUCCUUUUUUUCGUUCUAAA